UCCUGCUGAUGUUAGUUUACAAAUGUUACCAAAGGUUUUUGUAAAAUUUUAAAUAAACGUUAGUUAAAAAAAGUAGAGGCACAAAACUUCGAUUGUGGGUUGUAAGUGUCGAUGACAGAACCUUAUAAUAUUCUGCGUGAUACGGGAUCCGAAAACGUUUCGUUGUUUUAUCGAUAUGUUCUUAGCAACAGCAAAAUCAUUGAUUGGUGAUAAAGUAAGUGUUAAAAUGUCCUAGUUUUAAUAUGAAAUAAAAAAGUAUGGAGAAUAUUCUAAACAAAGAUAUAUUUAACGAACGAGAUUUGGAGAAACUUUCUCCGGAUUAUAAACCUCUUGAUGUCGUGUUACGAAUGCAGACGAGAAGAACUAUAGCGAAAGAUACCCACAAUCAUGGGAUACUAAAAAACUCUAACUCUUCAAGGAGAUCUGUGAGAAAAUCCAAUAAUUACAACAACAUUAACAAGGAAAUCGCAAAAUUACGGCAUGAGUUUGAUGAUAUCAAUUUAAAAAACAGAAUUACUUUGAAAAGCCUUAGUACUUUAAAGUUAAAAUCAUCUAUUUAUGAUAAGAACUUGAUUUUCGAUGAAAGUUUGAUUAUAAACGAAAUUGAGGAAAGCAUAUUUUUAGACGAAAUACCUCAAGACCAAGAAUUAGAAAUACGGAAUGAUGAUGAGUUUAAAAUUAAAUCAAAAGUUAAACCAAUUAAACCAAUCAAGACACAUAGAGAAACUCAGGGCCAUAAAAGUUCAAAGCAAGCAAACAACCGUUUAUUGGAUUUAAAUAAAGAUAUAAAUGAGAACAAUGAAGAUAUCUUUAGAGUCGAGUGUACCAAUAAAUUCCUGAACUACAGAAAUAUUGAUAAGAAUGACGAACCAGAGGAACACUCACGAGAUAACGUUUUGCAUCAACGAGACACUGUUGAGCCUAUUUGCGAAGCACCAAAGCUAAUCCGAGAAGAAACGAACGAUUUACCACAGCUAUUAACCAUGAUGGCCUUAUCAGCCAAGCCAAGUAAGAUUGAAGAUGUAAUUGUUGAAACCGAAGUAAAGGACGCUGAAUCUUUUAAUCAUGAUGAACAUUGUGAAAACGAUGAUAAGAAUGCAGACUGCACUUCUGCAAGAUCAGAAGGAAUGGAUGAUAUUUUGAGAAUAACGCCAAUCAGAGUACAAAUCGAUGACAAGGAGACAUAUCUUAUGAAAAAGUUUGUAAAUAAAUGGAAGUCUUAUGUAGAAAAUCGGAAGAAGUAUGUCUCUGAACGCAGACAGGAAACAUUGAAUCAUUUCUUUGAUAAGAUUGCUAAGAAAAAAAUGGAUAUAACUCAGUCGACUGAACCGCAAAAUAAGGCUAAGCUCCAAGCUAGGGAUUACAACACUUAUCAGCAUAGAUAUAGAAUACAGAAACAUAUAAUUGCUCUGCAAAAAGCAAAACUAGAGGAGCAGAACCGAGUUAUAGAGGAACUAAAGUAUAAUAAAAUAGUGGAAGCUUCACGACUUUCGAUGGAUGCUAUGAAGGAACAAGUUCGUAAAGCAUAUUACGAAUUAGAUCGACAGUUAAAGCCUAAAAUAAAGUGUUUAACGAAUGAGUUAAACAUCCACGAGCUUGAAGAGCCGAAUUUAGUGUUACACUGUUUGAAGGUGCCACAGUUUUUACAAAGAAUGGAAAAGAGAGCACGAGAAAGAGAAGAAAAACAUUCGAUGAUCCGUGAGCGAAGACGACAGAUGGAAGAAGAGCGUAUAAGAUUAAAGCAACAGGCAGAAUUGGCAAAAGCAGAAAUGGAUAAAGAAGAAAAGAUGAGAAGAAUACAGGAACUGAGAGACAAGAGGAGAAAGGAAAAAAUUGAGACUAUAAGAAAAAAACAAUGGGCGUCGAGGCUGAGAGCGCUCAUAGUAAUGGCAGAUUUGCAUUACGAGAAAAGUUUAAAAGCAAAAUAUGGUAUAAGGCCGUUCAGAAUACUAAUAGCAAUGAAACGGGAUAAUAUUGAAAAGGCUAAAGCGCACUACAUGUUCCAACUUAAGAAUAACACGUUUUUACAUUGGAUGUGGUACACCGAAGACAUGUGGAUCGAGAGAAAUUUUAAAGCAGAGAACUUUUACCGAAAGAAAUUAUUAAAGAAGGGAUUUGAAGCUUUCAAAAUGAGUCACCGCAGCUUGGUUUUGAGGAAACAAGUGGCAGACGAUUAUUACGACCUGUAUAUUACGCAGAUGGCAUUCAAAAUGUUUCGUGAAGGUAUUAAUGUGAUGAAGAAGGAAAGCGAAAUGAAGUGGCAAAAGGCUAUUUUAUAUUACAAUAGCAACCUCAUUUUUAAAGUGUUCACCUGUUGGAGGACAUUACCAGCAAUAAAUGCUUUGCAGAGGGAACAAGAAGCUAGAAAGGCAAGAUGGCGCGAAAAAGUACUACAAGUUGUACCUGAUUAUACACCACCUGAUGAUUAGUUCAUAAUUGUAUUAUAAACGUAUACAUUUUUCAAAUUAUAAUUAUAAAUGUUUAUGCUAUAUUUAAUAGGAAAGGACAUAUUCCAUGAAAUAUACUAUGCUUUCUGACAAAUUAGAAGCAAAAUUGAAUAAGAAUAGCUCUAACAUGUCUUCGGUAAGUUAAUUAAGGGAUUAAGGCUUUGUGAGUCAAGAUUUAACGGACAGACUUGAUUUACAUUACUCAUCUACCUUGAUUUACAUAACUCAUCUACCUUGAUUUGUUUUCUUAAAAUUUUUGUAGGUAUGAGGUAGUCUUUUCUAUGACACAUUUUUGCAUGAGUUAAAGCGUCUUCCACUUUCUUUAAAAAGCAAUAUUUGAUUAAAAUGAGCGCUCGUCCUAAACAUUGCUCGCUUGCGCAUGUACAAAACUUAAAAAAAAAACUCUUGUCAACUUUUGACGCUACUAAUAACAUUCUAGGAACACGAUUAAUAAAAUUGUUAUACGAUUUUCAAUUAGAAUACGACGAUUUUUACCAGUACCUAACAGAUUAAACCCUUAACAUAGGAUAGAACAGAGGAUUUUAAGACUAGAUAUGUUUCUACCUAACUUAUUGGUCAUGGUUGAAUUUGUACAAUAAAAGUGGCCAAUUUUUACAAAAGAGGGUGGUGUUUGAUAUCGUUCAUGCAUCAAUGGUGAAAUGGUAACUUUUAUGCCAAAGCAGUAGGGCAAAUUUUCGCCAUCUUUAAUUCGUAUUUUAGGUUAAUAGAUUUACUCGUAAAUCUGUUUUUAAGAUUUCCUGUACCUACCUAAUUAUAAGUUCCAAUUAGAAACUAAGUGAAUUUUCUAUCUUGUGAAUUAAACAAGUGUCUUGUAGUUUCAAGUGUGAAAUAAAAACCCGUUCAAUUAUUGUUG